AUGGCCCGCGACCUCUUCAACGUCCCUAUCUUCUUCAUCGUCUUCCGUGAGACCAUUGAGGCUGCCAUUAUCGUCUCGGUCCUCCUCUCGUUUGUCGAGCAGCUCAUGACCACUGGUCGUCUGAGCCCUCGCGAGUCUGCUACUGGUUUCGACAACGAUGCCAACCACAAUGCCCGUGUCAAGAACAUUGUCAAGCGUAUGCGCAUCCAGAUCUGGGCCGGCACCAUCACCGGUUUCUUCAUCGCCCUCUGCAUCGGUGCCGCGUUCAUUGCCGUCUUCUACACCAAGCUCAACGACCUGUGGGCCAAGACUGAGCAGAUCUGGGAGGGUGUCUUCUCGGUCAUUGCCGCUGUCCUCAUCUUCAUCAUGGGCAUUGCGUUCCUGAAGAUGGACCACUCGCGCAUCAAGUGGCGCUACAAGCUCGCUGCCUCGUUUGAGCGCUCGUCCGACAAGGUCAUCCACGAGGACGGCGGCGAGGGCGCCCAGAAGGAGUCGCGUACCUCCAAGUGGGCUCUCUUCCUCCUCCCCCUCAUCACCUUGCUCCGUGAGGGUCUCGAGGCCGUCGUCUUCGUCGGUGGCGUUUCCAUGAACACCACCGCCGCCGCCAUCCCCAUCCCCGUCGUCGUCGGCCUCAUCUGUGGUGUCAUCGUCGGUUGGGUCAUCUACCGCACCGGUUCGUCGACCACCCUCCACUGGUUCCUCAUCGGCUCGACCACCUUCCUCUUCCUCAUCGGCGCCGGUCUCUUCUCCAAGGCUAUCGGCUUCUUCCAGUACUACGUCUUCGCCUCGGGUGUUGGCGGUGACGUCGCCGAGACCGGAGACGGACCCGGCUCCUUCCAGGUCGCGGGCAACGUGUGGCACCUUACAUACGGAAACCCAGAGCCGGGAAGCGUCACAACGAACGGAGGCUGGCAGGUGUUCAACGCGCUGUUCGGGUGGAACAACACGGCGACUCUGGGCUCCGUGUUGGGCUACGUCUUCUACUGGAUCGCCGUCAUGGCCGCGCUCAUCUACCUCAAGUGGAAGGAGGGCCGUUUCACCCUCUUUGGCUAUGCCUCGGCCGCCCACAAGCGCCGCAUGGUCGCCAACGAGGACCGCGCCCAGCGCCGCGAGUACGAGGCCGCCAACCCCGGCGCCGAGAAGGCCUCGGACGACGCCUCCAACUCGUCCGCCGCCGAGGCGUCGCGCGAGAAGGCCGCCCCUCUCGUCUAA